CUUUGCUCCUGUCACCUUCUUUAUGGUCACUCGUUAAGUUUCCAGUUUUCUCAAUUGUUAAGGCGUUCUGGGGGACUUUGAGACAAUUUGACAAAGGGACACGUACAAACCAUACACAUCAUCGAUUAUGUACGUGAGCGGUGAGCGGUGAGCCCACAUUUUAAUUUCACUCUCUCUCUCCUUCACACAAAUCACAACAUCAUCAGAAAAGAAAGAGGAAGAGAACUACUUACCAAACCGAGAUGAGAGGAGUCCAGCCCAGUGGCAGAGAAGCCACUAGGAAAACGACGGCAAGAAUGCUCCAACCACACACUCACUUUCUCCAUUAGAGAUUAGAACUGAGGAAGACUUUUCUCCUCUCCAUACUUACAUCUUCUGGCCCUUCAAAUUUCCUUUCCUGCCUUGCCUUUUACCCUUAUUACUCACGAAGGUGGAAGGCCAAACCAGAUUAGUCUUUCAAGUUUCAAGUUCAUUUUAUAAAGCCACACGUUCUCCACCUCCCUCAUCUUCCCAAAGAGUCGCACAUAUGACAUGAUUGACAUCAGAAAUCCCUUCAUGGAAGACAAGGAGAAGAAGGAGAAGGAACCCAGCGAGACAAUCAUGGCAGCAAUCUGCACCCUCAACACCCACCAAUUCUCCGAUCUCAUACACUCCUUAUCGUUGGAGUUCCGGCGUCAUCACCACCACCUCUGUUCCCUCCUCCGUUCCUCCACUCGUUUCCCACUAGCUCUCCACCACCUCCAAACCAUAUCCCUUCACCAGAAAGCUCUCCUAAUAGCUCGUUAUUUCCUAUCCACCCUCACACACCUCACACGCUUCUUCAAAACCUCCUCUUCCUUCCUCAAAUUGAACUUGAGCGACCUCGACGCUGCCUUGCUUCUCAUGCUCCUCUGCGAAGUCCACCAGCAGGAACCCCAAGCUUUACAGGGUUCACCAGCCGAGUGGCACAUAGGUCUCAACGACUACGUAAUGCGUAGUAGCUUAUUGACGUUGGCGGGUCUCGGAGAGUCUAGUAGCACCGUCUUGACUCCGUAUGUCGAUUUAACGAUAAAGUGCCGGAGGUUUCUUGAUGCGGCGGGUUGUGGUGAUGAGAUGGUAAGGGAGGUGGCAGCGUCAGUUGCUGCGGUGGUGGCGCUGCCGUCAGUGGAGAUUAAUGGUUGUGGUGUGGAGUGUGUCAUAUGCAGGGAAGAGAUGAGGGAGGAUAGGGAGAUGUGUGAAUUGCCAUGUGAACACUUGUUUCAUUGGAUGUGUAUGCUGCCAUGGCUGAAGAAGAGGAACACUUGUCCUUGCUGCCGUUUUCAGCUUCCCACCGACGAUGUCUUUGGUGAGAUUCAGAGGCUGUGGGGGAUUCUCGUCACCAAGAGUGGAAUGGAAUCUUAGAUGCUGAUAUUUUCUUGCAUAAAUCAAUGGUUCAAGCCUUCGAGGGCAUCUGUAUGUAUAUUUGUAGAAUAUAUACUAGUUGGUCCCUUGGUGAUCCAGUGGAACACCAAGACCGAUGAUACUCCCUACAUCCCACAAAUCUGAUAUUAAUGAGCUAUAUAGAUCUGGGGUUUUUAUUUCAAUCAUUAGAAAAAUCAAGAUUGAAUUUUUCCGGUGGAGCAAUACAAGGAAGAGGCCUA